GAGGGAUACGGGACAGAGAGGAGUUAAGCAGCCGCGGUGAGCGGGGGUGUUUAUAGUCAGUGGCCGUGAACGUCUGAGGAGUUAAGGCGCCAGCGAACAACCGGUGAUAAGUUAACGUAGCAAAAUGGCUGAUCAACUAACAGAAGAGCAGAUUGCUGAAUUCAAAGAGGCAUUUUCACUGUUUGACAAAGAUGGGGAUGGUACCAUAACAACAAAGGAGCUUGGAACAGUUAUGCGGUCACUAGGCCAGAAUCCAACUGAAGCAGAACUACAGGAUAUGAUUAAUGAAGUGGAUGCUGAUGGCAAUGGAACAAUCGACUUUCCAGAAUUUCUGACAAUGAUGGCAAGAAAAAUGAAAGAUACAGAUAGUGAGGAAGAAAUCAGAGAAGCGUUCCGAGUGUUUGAUAAGGAUGGUAAUGGGUAUAUCAGUGCUGCAGAACUCCGUCACGUAAUGACAAACCUGGGAGAAAAAUUGACAGAUGAAGAAGUUGAUGAAAUGAUCAGAGAAGCAGAUAUAGAUGGUGAUGGUCAAGUGAACUAUGAAGAGUUCGUACAGAUGAUGACUGCAAAGUGAAGAUCUUGUACAGAAAACUGUUAAUUUUCUUGUAAAAAAAAAACAUUGUUUAUUUGCCUUCCUUUGUUUGUAAUUUCUGUAACGUUUCUCUCCCUGCCCUAACUGUAAAACAUUUGCAUGUAUAGUGGGUAGAGUUAGUCCGUUACUUUCUUUCAUUAUCAUCUUGUCAUUGUUUUCCUUUGCAUUUGAGAAGACUAUUGGUGUAACAAGUUGCAUGUGGCUUUAUCUUGAAGUGCAUCAAAGCUCUUCUACACAUUCAAAGCUACAAAAGAACAUGUGGUUUAACGAGGGAUCAUCUGGAUAUGUUGCUAUGAGGAAAUGGCUGACACGUGAUGCAUUGCUGUUAAAAUGCAGAGUUAUCACUGCAUGGAAUGAGGACAAAGCUUAAAAUCUCUCAGCAUUGCACUACUGCAAAACGGGUGUAUCAUCCAGGUACUCGUACACUAAAACCUAUUUUGUAUUUGCUGUUCCAUACAAGGAAGCAUUCAUGUUUUCUUACUGUGCUUUCAAAAUUUUGUUUAGCCAUUGAGUUCUCUCUGAAAUCUGCUUUGGCACAAAACAUGCCUGAAAUCCAUUCCAAGUUGUAUAUUUUUUUCCAAUAAAACUACAAUUUACCCAAAA